AACCUCUAUAGACCGAUGACCUGUGAUGUUUCACUUUCAAGAGAUAAGACGUACAGCCCUACAUUUGUAACAGGCACCGUGCUUCUACUUACACAUACCAUGAUAGCCCGUUCUGUAUUGCUUGUUCUAAUUUCAGUAGGAACUGCCCUAGCAUGCGGUCCACCCGGGACGACUCUAGGGGGGUUUUGUCCAAUCGAUGCCAAUGACCCGUUGGUCCAGGAGAUGGCCCAGUUUGCCGUGAGUACUCACGCCUCCAGGACUAAUGCCGUCAACGAUGGAUCCAUUUCUGUCGACCAUGCUUGGUCUCAGGUUGUGUCUGGUUUUAAUUACAAGAUGACAAUCACGACGAGAUUCAACGGACAGACCAAUGAAUGUCACUUUGUGGUGUAUGACCAGUCUUGGACAAGUACACGUGAGCUCACCAAUGACGAAUGUCACGUGAUCCAUCAUAAGCGCAACGCAAUACGAGAAGGACAUGGUCUGCUGUUGAAGGCACUUUACAAUUAAAUGAAAUGUUGUAAUUUGUACCUUAUAAUGACUUGUAAACUUGCAUAAAAAUCUCACCAUA